UAUCUGGCUGAGUCGGGCGAGCCGUGGCGCCUCGUGCCGGGGAGCCAUUGCCGCAGCCCGAAGCCAGGUCCCGAGUGAGGGACUGCAGGAAGAGGCGACGGCGUCGGCCGCGGGAGCCCCCCCCCCCCGGGGUCUGGGACUGGCGAACCGCCUCCGGCUUCACGAUGCCAGUAUGGACAGAAUAGCUUAUGAUGCUUAUCCACACCCACCACUUUCGAGACAUUGAGCGCAAGCCGGAAUACCUCCAGCCGGAGAAGUGUGUCCCACCUCCCUACCCUGGUCCUGUGGGAACCAUGUGGUUUAUCCGCGACAGCUGUGGCAUCGCCUGUGCCAUCGUCACCUGGUUUCUGGUCCUCUAUGCAGAGUUUGUGGUCCUCUUUGUCAUGCUGAUUCCAUCCAGAGACUAUGUAUACAGCAUCAUCAACGGAAUUGUAUUCAACCUGUUGGCCUUCUUGGCCCUGGCCUCCCACUGCCGGGCCAUGCUGACGGACCCCGGGGCAGUGCCCAAAGGAAAUGCCACUAAAGAAUUUAUCGAGAGUUUACAGUUGAAGCCUGGGCAGGUGGUAUACAAGUGUCCCAAAUGCUGCAGCAUCAAGCCCUACAGAGCCCACCACUACAGUGUUUGUAAGCGGUGCAUUCGCAAGAUGGACCACCACUACCCUUGGGUCAAUAAUUGUGUCGGCGAGAACAACCAGAAGUACUUCGUCCUGUUUACAAUGUACAUAGCUCUCAUUUCCUUGCACGCCCUCAUCAUGGUGGGAUUCCACUUCCUGCAUUGCUUUGAAGAAGAUUGGACAAAGUGCAGCUCCUUCUCACCGCCCACCAUGGUGAUCCUCCUCAUCCUGCUGUGCUUUGAGGCGCUGCUCUUCCUCAUUUUCACGUCAGUGAUGUUUGGGACCCAAGUGCACUCCAUCUGCACGGAUGAGACGGGAAUAGAACAAUUGAAAAAGGAAGAGAGAAGAUGGGCUUAAAAAACAAAAUGGAUGAACAUGAAAGCAGUUUUUGGCCACCCCUUCUCUCUAGGCUGGGCCAGCCCCUUUGCCACGCCAGAUCAAGGGAAGGCAGACCCGUACCAGUAUGUGGUCUGAAGGACCCCUGACCAGCAUUGCCACUCAGACACAAACCACAUCACAGCACUAUCGUCCGAUCUGUUCUCAUGAAUGUUUAGACCGAAAAGCAAAUCAACUACUCUAAAACUUUUUUUAUGUCUCAAGUAAAAUGGCUGACCAUUGCAGA